AUGGUUCCCACCGACGAAACCGCGAUCGACUCAGCCCCACCGGUAAAGAGACCACGCGGCAGACCACGCAAAGCCCAGUCGGCUGAGAUCGAUACUUGGCAGCCGCUGCAUCCCUGGGCCAGCACCUCGAAGCACCAGCAGCUGUCGACAGCUACAGCAUCCACAUCAUACCUGCCGCCAAAGAAGGCACGCGCUCAACCACAGGAGCAGCAGCAGCACUAUGUGUCCGCGAUGCAACCUCCGCCGCAGCCCCAUGCUGCAGCACCCAUCACGACUUCGAGCUUCUAUGCCCAACCACAACAGCAGCCGCAAGCAUAUGUAGUGCGAGCAUCGGCAACGCCAGCUCCAGCACCAGUGGUCGAGCCGCAGUACGUGAUGCCGAUGAUAGCACCGAGACAGAACAUACCAACGCGCAAAGAUCUGGAGUUCUUGCUGGGUGGGCCGCCAAGAGUGCGCGAACGGUCAUCGACGCCUAGUACGGCGGGCUUCCAGGCGAGAGCAUCAGUAGCACCAGCCGACAGCACCUACCCUGCGGCAGCACCGAGAAGAACAGUUUCUGCGGCUCAGUAUCAGUACCAGACAGAGGCGACACCAGUGGCGGGGUCCAGUCAAUCCUCAGUCCAGCAACAGGAACCAGCUGCUGCUCGCCUAUCAGUAGCACGUCACUCAGCACCUUCCCGUAGACCACGACAAAUCGACGUAUUCCCUGGCGACGAAGAUGGAGAAGCAGAUUUGCAGGACUACGACGAAGACGAUGGGCUCGCACUUGGCGCAGAGGCAGUCAUGGAAUCCGACCACGACGGUGACUACGCCGACGCCGAAGACGAGACUCUGCCCAAUGAUCAUGACGAUCCAAAUGAUGGAGACUUCAGGCCGAACAACUCUGCCAAACGCAUCAUUCCCCACUCACACACCUCAGGUCAUGCAGCCGAUGCUUCUGGCUCCGUCUCCACCCCUCCCCGCGCCACAACAUCUGCCCCACGACGCAGCCUCGCAAGCAGCAGUACAGCCGGCAAAGUCCCAGGGAGCGCAACGAAGGCUGAUCCUUCUGAUCCCAACGAACCGCCCAAACGCCGCGGACGAUGGCGUAAGGAAGACUACACCCCUGACGUGCUCGAAAAGAUCAAAGCCGCCAACGAGAUCCUCGCUGUUGCACUCGAAGCGUCUGCAGAACAUCCGACUGAAAAAGCAAGUCGUCGCAAGAGUCGGCAACUUCGUCUCGACGAUGUUUUGGAUCGCAAAACUGUUCAAUCUCUCUCCCCUGAGAUGCAGGCCGCUCUCAGAAGGGCUCGAAACACACAACUGCAACGAGAAAGAAGAGAAAGGUUGAGAGCAGAAGCAGGCUGGACCGGCAAACGUCGAAGAAAAGCGCCUGUUGGACCCUUCGAAGGUGUUGGCGUAGAAAGCAGUGCAGGGGAGGACAAAAGGCGUGGGCGAAAACACAAGAUCCCACAGCACGAGGGGGAUGAAGUAGAGAGUGGAUCAGGGAUUGUAGAGAGAGCGAGGGGGAAAGUGUUUGAGUGGAUGAAGAAUGUUUCUAGUGAAGCGGAGAUGAGUGUCGAGCCUGAGAUGCCUUUUCAGACGGAUGGAGAGGGAGGUGGGGGAAGAAGUUUUAGUUCUGAACCGACGGUGCAAAGGAAGGGUCCAAGCACUUAUCCACGUCGGUCGGUAAGCCAGACGCAUAUGGCUGCUACAAUUGCGACUUUACCUUCAAGUUCCCAACAGCAGAGGAGGGAGAGCUCGCCGUUGACACCGGAUAGUGCUGAGGCUAAAGAGAAAGCAAGAGAGGGCACGUUAGAGGGUGGGUUGGUGCGGGAUAUUGAUCCGAGAUUGCAAGCUGACAGUUCUGGCGAGCAAGGGUUCUUCUCUCGUUUCGGUACCGUGACUGGUAAAGUCCAGCCUGUUGCACCAGACACACCUGCUCCGGCUCCGGUGACUACGGCAGUGUUGGCAGUUGGGACCGGAAUCAAACCCGACAUCUCGGACGCUGGAGUUGUGGGGGAGAAGAAAGACUCCAAACCAGCCUACGAAGCAGGCGUUAUGGGCGAUGAGUAUUAUUUCUCCACUUGA